CCAGCCACCUCUUUCUCGUCUCUUCUCUUCUUCCUCUUCCACCUAUACACCUGUAGAGGCACCUCGAGACGACAGUGCUUGUCUUAGCUGAUUGAUGAACUGAUGCAAACUAUUUUUGGUCUAAAACAGUAUAAACCUCAGUUCGAAAUUGGACAUUUGGACGAAAGCAUUUAUAAAAAAGGUGCAUUAUGCUCAUGCAACAUAUACAAAAAGUAUGCAUAAUAUGACCACUAAAAUAUAUGUUGUAGCUUAGAUAGUUCUAUUGAGUUCUUACAAAAUAAGGGCAAGAAAUGUGAAAGUUAUAAUUACUUUAGCAUAAGCUUUACCAUGUGAGAAAAGGAUAUAUGGGAGAUAUCUGCUAGGACUCUUUAAGGUGACUUGAAAUGAUUUUGUCAUCACAACUGUCUCCAUAUCCAUGAUACCUAGGGCUAGGAAAUAAACUGAAAUCACAAUUGAUGGAAAUGCUUUAAUGUGAUUGCUCCAACCCAUGAUACUUUGAAUUGUGAUACACUUGGUGAUUAUUUUCAAUACCAAGAUUGAAAUAUCACCAAAAAAAAAAGAAAAAGAAAAAAGAAGAAGAUUAAUAGAGCAAUACCUCCACCAUCAAUUUGGUUAUCAUCACCAUUAACACUUUCACAUCAUUAUCUUCCCUACCUCCAUUUCUAACUCAUCUCCAUUCUCAUCUGCUUUGUCUAUGUCUGACUAGGCUUUUCAUCAAAUCCAUGCCCUCAUCAAACAUUUUGUCUCUUGGCCUAUGAAGAUUGCAUGUUCUUUCUUAUUUUAGCAACAUUUAAUGGGUCACAUUUAGUCUCAUAAUGCCCAUACUUAGUACCACCUUUCAUCUUUCUCACUGCUCAAGUUUCUUUGCAUUUUCUCACAUAAUAUGAUGGCAGUUAACUUACUGAUCCAUCCUCAUGGAUGUUAGUCUUUUUUUAGAAGUUUUACCAUCCUUCUCAAGCGCAUAUAUUCCCAUGAUAAUGCUGGAUGGUUGGGAAUUGAAAUGCUAGUGUAUAUGUGAAAACUCUCUCUUGCCACCCUCUCUCUUAAAUUUGAGAGAGAGGUUAAAUUUCUGUGAUGGCAUCUGUGUUGCUAAGUUGGACAUAAAUAUAGAGUGCAACUAUCAAACCGAUGGCAUGGGGUGCACAAUGGAAAAGCACUAAUUCUGUAAUGUUUAUUUCUUCCAGUGUUAACUAGCUGGUUUUCUUGGAAUAUUUCUUUUCUGGGUACAAUUGAUAUCAGCAUUGGAGGAACUCAAAACCUCUUUGUUUGCAAAUUUGUGUUGACUACCUUGUCUCUCUGAUCAUCCUAGAAAUCAAGAAUAGACUGUAGAAAUAUUAGUUUUCUUUGUCAAUAUUGUGAUACAAUCUGAAUUUGAGUAAUAUAACUUACUGAAUGCAAAGUUGAAUAGAUUAUUGUUGUUAUGUUAUACACCUGUGAGCAACUUCAGACAGCCAUUUCUUUGUGUCACAAGAUGGCACCCUAACAGCCAACAACAAUAUUUUAAAGAGUCGUCAAUGAUGAUCUUGUUUCUGGUAAUGACAAGCCUUAGACCUCUGAACAUUAUCCUUUUAAACUUCCAGCAGAGCAGUCUUUCUGCAUAAUUGGGGAGCAAGUCAAUCGCAGGCAUGGUUAAGAUGCUAUGACUACACUUCUCCUGUCUUGUAGUAACCCAGUUUGAUUAAACAAAGUCAAUGACCUCAUCAAAUGGCCUGAUGGGAUGAUUGAAGCUACUGAUAUAGUGCUCCAAUAAAUUUGCAAACAUUGCAGACCUCAUCCACAUCUACCUAGCUGGUCCAGGCCGUAUAAUCCAUGCACCUCAUCUUGUAGCAGAAAUAUCUGAAAAGAUUACAUUUCUUAGAUUUUUUUUCAGUCUCAGAAAAGAUCUGCACUAUACCCUUCUCUUAGACAGUUAGGAAUUGAAGGACAAGUGUCCAUAAAAGGUCUGUCACCAGGAUUCUGUAUUGAUGGUUUUCAGUAACCUUCUCUUUUCCAGUAGUGUUGAAGCAUUGGUUACACCAGUCUUCAUAAAUUUACUACAGAUCCUUCACAUGGAAAUUUGAUCCAAUCAUCUGGUAUCCAAUAUGCACAUGCUCACUAUAUGAGAAAAAGCAUAGAGUUGAGUGAACAUACUUCCUGAAUGCUCAAUGGUGUUUUAUCAUCCAUUCACCAGUUUUCACAGUUUUGCAACUGCAUCAGUGAAUUUCUAAUGGCUGAGCAUAAAUAAUAGAGUGAUUCCUGCGAUUUACUGUUGCUUUUAUAAACACUUACACCACAUCAUGUAAUUGAAACAUUGUCUACCUUGCUUCCUUCACCAUAUCUACCUAGGUCUGUACAUAUUUUGACAUUGCUAAACAGCACAGACAUGUCAGGCUAGUGGAGAGGUGGAAUAAAUGGAUUGAUAGCUUCCUGUGGAUUAGUAUUCUAUUUUUGAUUCAUUUCUUUGCGAGUUUGCAUGUGCGCUUGCUAUAGGACUAAAAAUUCAUGGGAAGCUGCCCUGGCUGAUAGUUGUUCUAUCUUGUUCUAUUCUGGAACUAACUCCAUAGUCUCUGGUAGGAAGCAGUGAAUCACUUAUGAAAUUGUCUGAGCCAUUUGAGUCCGCAAGCAUCAAGUCCAGACUAUUCAUGACCAAGCCUUCUUAUACUGCAUGACAGCUGAUAAGAUCCUAUUAGCUAUAUCAUACACUUCAUCAUGCAUGGUAAAGUUCAAGGCAUGUAUCUAAUCUGUUGAUUGUCCGUCAAAUCAUUGGUAGGUUCCUUAUGUGCCAGAAGGCCUUGAGGCCAUCAUAUUCACUGCUGAUGGUGACAUGAGGCAGGCUUUGAACAAUUUGCAAGCGACAUUUAGUGGGUUCCGGUUUGUCAAUCAGGAGAAUGUGUUCAAGGUUUGUGAUCAGCCUCACCCUUUGCAUGUUAAGAAUAUGAUCCGCAACGUGCUUGAGGGGAAGUUUGAUGAUGCCUGUGCUGGUCUGAAGCAGCUCUAUGAUUUGGGCUAUUCUCCUACUGACAUAAUCACCACUCUCUUUCGAAUUAUUAAAAAUUAUGACAUGGCUGAAUAUCUGAAGCUGGAAUUCUUGAAGGAAACAGGAUUUGCCCACAUGAGAAUAUGUGAUGGAGUAGGCUCACUUCUUCAGCUCUCAGGUCUCUUAGCUAAGCUUGCAUUGGUUCGGGAAACGGCGAAAGCUCCGUAAAUAUUUAUUGUUGCUAAUGAUAGCUUGUCUUCUUUGUCUGAAAUUUUGAGAACUCUUGAGUUGUUAAGCUAAUCAUAAUACUCGUUCUUCACUAGUUUUCAGUUAUUUGUCAAAUGCUCAACUUGAUUACAUUUGUUAUCAUUCUAACAAGUUGGAAGUCUAGGAAAUUCCCAUCA